AUUUUAUUAGAGCCCGUACUCUUCUUACUAGAGCCCUCAAGUUUUAUUCUUCGUCCCCAAGUUUUGCUUCCUCGAAGAAAGACUUACUCGAAAUUUGUCGAUCGUUUUCGUGGAGAUCUUGAUUGUCGCGAAAUGGCUGCAAAGAUUCUUGCCAACUUGAUCGUUAUGGGUUCUGGGAUAUUGGGAAGAGCCGUAUUUCAAGCUUAUCGCAAAGCACUGGAAAAUGCCAGCAAAAAUGGUGUUGCACACGAAGCGAUUAACAAUAUCCGAAGACCGAGUAAAGUUUUGACGGAACAAGAAGCUAGGCAGAUUUUAGGACUGACCGAGCAGGCAUCAUGGGAAGAAGUUUUGCAGAAAUAUGAUGCAUUGUUCGAGCGGAAUGCUAAGAAUGGAAGCUUCUAUAUUCAAUCAAAGGUUCACAGAGCUAAGGAAGCUUUAGAGAGUGUCUACCGAGGGGACAGUACAGGAACCAGUUGAAAUAUACCUGAUUUUUUUUGUUCUGGGUGAGAGGAAGCCAUAUACAUGUUGCAUUUAUAUCCUUUGAAGUCCCAUGUUCUAAAUUAGCAAGUAAUGAUUUAUGGAAGAGGAAAUGUAUAUAUAUUCCUAAGCCUGAUGUAUAACUUCAAAAGAAUAAGACCUUGGAUGUUGGCUUGUGGCGGCAUAACAAAGGGCGUGAAGUGAAAAAGGAGCGUGCGCUGAAGUUUUGAAUCGCGGAGAUUGGCGACUGUGUUCUAUUUGAACCUUGUUGAUUGCUUAAAACCUUAAGUGUAGUAGAAUAAUCUUGUGGAUGUCAUUUUGACAUUUUAUUAGUAUCUCAUCUGAGGAUGUUUUGCUGCAGGGCAGGAGCAAAAAAGCCUUUAUGCUUUGCUUGAUGAAUGUUUUGAGAUCAUUAUUUGGCGGGUUCAUUAUUUUUUUAAAA